UGAAACAAGAAUAUUUAAUAUUACCAGAAUCAUUUGAAUUUUAACCCCAUAUGUAAUCCACAGUUCUGUUAGGAUUGGUUCUUGAUCCCCAUCCUCUGAAAGAAAUGGCAGAAAGUAGUGUGUUCAGUGACUGUGUGGAAGGGUUAAAACAUGUGAAAUCUGAUCAUGGAGAUCUCAUGACCAAGCCUUUCUUGGAUGUCUGCAAACUUGUUUUGCCAAUUUUAGAUAAAUUUGGCGCUGCGAUGAUAGUGGUAAAAUCUGACAUUGGUGGUAAUAUAUCGAGGCUGGAGUCUAAGUAUGAUUCAAAUCCAUCAAGAUUUAAUUACCUAUUCAACUUGGUGCAAGCUGAAGUUGAAACCUCAACUGCCAAGUCAUCUUCCAGUUGCACCAAUGGACUCCUCUGGCUCACCAGAGCGAUGGAUUUCAUCGUUGAGCUAUUCCGCAAUCUAGUUGAGCAUCAAGAUUGGUCGAUGUCUCAAGUUUAUAACGACGCAUAUGCCAAAACCUUGAAGGAAUGGCAUGGCUGGCUUGCUUCUUCAAGUUUUACGGUUGCUCUGAAGCUUGCACCUGACAGAAAGAAAUUCAUGGAGGCUUUAGGCACAACCGAUGAUACCAAUGGCGACAUGCACAAGUUCUGCACGGACUUCUCGCCAAUCCUACGAAAGAUCCACAAGUUUCUUGCAAGUUGUGGAUUGGACAAUAUGAAAUCUUCAUGACGGUGUCCAUUUGUAGCUCCUCUAAGUUGUUGCUUACCUAAUGCUGCACAUCAAUGAAGAAGAAACCACUUUGUGCUUCUCUAAAUCAAGAUUUGUUUUUC